CAGCCCGUUCCACCGCCCCCACGCGGCCGGAGGCUCCCUCGGCUACGGAACAGCCUUCCUGCCUGCUUCCCUUCUCUCUCUCUCUCUCUCCCUCCCCCCGCCCCCCAACCCGUAAUUACGGAGCCGCCGCUGUCUCUCCCCUCUCUCCGUCCUCCUCCAUUCCCCUUCAGGCGAGCAGCCCGUCUGAGCGCCGGCACGGGCUCGGUCCCUCCUCCGCGGCGGGGGCUCCAUGGAGCAGGCGAGGCGCUAAUGAGGCGGCGUGCGGCAGCAGCAGCGGCAGCAUAUAUACCCCGCCGCUGGGGCUGUUCCGGGCGGUCGUAACAGGAGCCGCUCCGCAGGCAGGCAGGCAGGCAGCUCGCCCGUCCGCCCUUUCCUGGGACAGAGACCAUCCCCACCAGCGGUAGCGACGGCGGCGCCCCCGGCGCCUUUCCCUUCUCCCCCGGCGCUCCUUCCUGACGGGCCUUCUUCUGAGGAAAGAGGAGGGAUGGCGGAGGCCGCCCCGACCCAGCUGGAAGCCGAGCUGUACUACCUGAUUGCCCGCUUUCUCCAGUCCGGACCGUGCAAGCAAUCUGCUCAGGUGCUGGUGGAGGAGCUGGAAGAACACCAGUUGAUCCCAAGGCGCCUGGAUUGGCAAGGCAAAGAGCAUCGAAGAAGUUUUGAGGAUUUGGUGGCAGCCAAUGCUCACAUCUCUCCAGACUAUCUUCUCAAAAUCUGUGAACGCAUUGGACCUUUAUUGGAUAAGGAGAUCCCACAGAGUGUGCUUGGGGUGCAGACUUUGCUGGGAGUGGGACGGCAGUCAUUACUAAGGUCAGCCAAAGACUGUAGGCACACACCUUGGAAAGUAUCAGCAUUUGCAGCUCUCUACAGAGGAAGGCCCCCUGAACUACCUUCAAACUAUUCGAAAUCACCAAAUGUGGUAAAUAUAAUCUGUGCCAGGCAAACAACUGGAUAUGGGCGUUUCAGCCAUUUGUUCCCCUCGUCCUUCUACCAGCACAUCAAGAUGCACAAGAGAAUUCUUGGGCAUCUAUCCUCUGUGUAUUGUGUAGCCUUUGAUCGCACUGGGAGGCGAAUUUUCACAGGUUCGGAUGAUUGCUUGGUGAAAAUUUGGGCUACAGAUAAUGGACGUUUGCUCUCAACACUCCGAGGACAUUCGGCUGAAAUUUCUGACAUGGCUGUUAGUUAUGAUAACACCCUCCUUGCUGCAGGCAGCUGUGACAAAGUAGUCAGAGUCUGGUGUCUUCGAACCUGUGCACCAGUUGCAGUGCUGCUUGGCCACACAGCUUCAAUAACCUCUAUACAGUUUUCUCCAGCAAGAAAAGGAACAACUCGAUACCUCACUUCUACAGGUGCUGAUGGAACUAUCUGCUUCUGGCAAUGGCAUUCAGAUACAAUGAAAUUUAAGGAUCGUCCAAUCAAAUUUGCUGAGAGGUCAAGGCCUGGCGUUCAGAUAUCUUGUUCUUCUUUCAGCUCUGGUGGUAUGUUUGUUGCAACAGGGAGCACUGACCAUGUGAUAAGAAUAUAUUACUUGGGUUCUGAGUCUCCAGAGAAAACUGCUGAAUUAGAAUCUCAUACGGACAAAGUAGUUGCUGUUCAGUUCUGCAACAGUGGAGGCAGACUAAGAUUUGUCAGUGGAAGCAGAGAUGGAACAGCCAGAAUCUGGCAAUAUCAGCAGCAAGAAUGGAAGAGUAUAGUGUUGGAGAUGGCGACUAAGAUGACUGGAAAUAGCCAAGUGUCUGGGGAAGACAAGGUGUCCAAGUUGAAGGUGACUAUGGUAGCUUGGGAUCGUUAUGAUACUACUGUUAUUACAGCAGUCAACAAUUUCCUUUUGAAAGUGUGGAACUCUUCUACUGGGCAGCUUCUUCACAACCUAACUGGCCAUGAUGAUGAAGUGUUUGUUUUGGAAGCUCACCCAUUUGACCAAAGGAUCAUGCUUUCUGCAGGCCAUGAUGGGAAUAUUUUCAUUUGGGACCUUGAGAAAGGAGCAAAAAUGCGCAAUUACUUUAACAUGAUUGAGGGCCAAGGCCAUGGUGCAGUGUUUGACUGUAAAUUCUCCCCUGAUGGUCAGCACUUUGCCUGUACAGAUUCCCAUGGGCACCUACUAUUGUUUGGAUUCGGAUGCAAUAAGAAUUAUGAAAAGAUCCCAGACCAGAUGUUCUUCCACACAGAUUACCGCCCUCUGAUCCGUGAUGCGAAUAACUAUGUCCUAGAUGAACAAACUCAACAGGCCCCACAUCUCAUGCCUCCCCCGUUCUUGGUUGAUGUGGAUGGAAAUCCUCACCCCACAAAAUACCAGCGACUGGUGCCAGGGCGGGAAAAUUGUAACGAUGAGCAACUCAUUCCUCAGCUGGGAUAUGUGGCAAACGGUGAUGGUGAAGUUGUGGAGCAGGUGAUUGGGCAGCAAACUAAUGACCAAGAAGAGAGCAUCCUUGAUGGAAUUAUCAGGGAGCUACAACGAGAGCAAGAUCAGAGAAGACUUAAUGGAAGUGAAGCUACUCCAAAUCUUCUGCAAAACAGAUUGCAGCCUGCUAAUACUUUGAGAAGUCCAAGUUUGGAUAUAGCUUCCCCCCCAAAUGUUGGGCUCAGACGGAGUGGUCAGAUUGAAGGUGUUCGGCAGAUGCACCACAAUGCUCCUAGAAGUCAGAUGGCCACGGAGAGGGAUCUCAUGGCAUGGAGUAGGAGAGUGGUGGUGAACGAGCUGCAUCCUGGGGUUAGCAGAGUUCAAGAGGAAUGCCGAGCUGCAAAAGGCGAAUUAGAAAUUCAUCUGUAUACGCUUGAAAAGAAGAGAAAGCCUUCCCAUACGUUACAAAGGUGUGAUUAUCAACCCGGCAGCGGGCGAUCUUUGCGAAGAAACCAGCGCAAGCGUCAGCAUGCUUACCAAACACGCUCCACCUUUGAUCAUCAUUCACAAGGUGUAAGAAGAAGCUCACAUACUCAGGAAGACUCUGAAAGCUCUUCUGAGGAAGAUGACACAGGUGGCACAAGUGAUGUGUCUGUGGACGACAAUGUCGCUGCAUGGCAAAGUGAAAGCAGCUCUAGUGAUUCAUCCAGUGAAUAUUCUGACUGGACUGCAGAUGCCGGAAUAAACCUUCAGCCUCCGAAAAGACAAACGAGACAGGCAACUCGCAAAAUGUGUAGCAGUUCUGAAGAUGAAAAUAUGAAAAAUAUGAAGGGACAGGAAGAAAAACGCAAAAAACCCAAACAGACAAGGAAAAAGAAACCUAGUGGGCGGCUUUCGAUGGAUGGUGAACCCACUGAAGAAUGGUUUGCUCCACAUUGGAUACUGGAUACCAUACCGCGGCGUUCCCCCUUCGUUCCACAAAUGGGGGAUGAGGUAAUCUAUUUUAGGCAAGGGCAUGAAGCUUAUGUGCGUGCAGUUCGAAAGGCAAAGAUCUACAGUGUAAACAUGCAGAAACAACCAUGGAAUAAAAUGGAACUCAGGGAACAAGAAUUCGUGAAGAUUGUGGGAAUUAAGUAUGAAGUUGGACCACCUACACUUUGCUGCUUGAAGCUUGCCUUUCUUUAUCCAACCUCAGGCAAAAUGACUGGUGAAUCAUUUUCCAUUAAGUACCAUGAUAUGCCAGAUGUUAUUGAUUUCCUUGUGCUGCAUCAGUUUUACAAUGAAGCCAAAGAAAGGAACUGGCAGAUUGGAGAUAGAUUCCGCAGCAUAAUAGAUGAUGCAUGGUGGUUUGGAACGGUAGAGAGUCAACAACCAUUCCAGUCCGAUUAUCCUGAUAGUUCCUUCCAGUGCUACAGUGUUCACUGGGACAAUAAUGAAAGAGAAAAGAUGAGCCCCUGGGACAUGGAGCCAAUUCCAGAAGGAACUGCUUAUCCGGAGGAGGUUGGGGCUGGCGUUCCCGUGACAACAGAGGAGCUGGCAUCUUUGCUGUACAAACCACAGGAAGGUGAAUGGGGAUCCCAUUCGCGAGAUGAAGAAUGUGUGCGGGUUCUUCGUGGUAUUGAUCAACUUCUAUCCUUAGAUAUAUCCAACCCUUUUGCUGUCCCAGUGGACCUUAGUGCCUAUCCUCUAUAUUGCACUGUUGUUGCUUACCCAACUGACCUCACCACAAUAAGGAGAAGACUUGAAAACAGAUUUUACAGGAGAAUAUCAGCACUAAUGUGGGAGGUACGAUAUAUUGAACAUAACGCUAGGACUUUCAAUGAGCCCGAUAGUCCUAUAGUUAAAGCAGCCAAAAUAGUAACAGAUGUCUUACUUCACUACAUUGGGGAUCAGAGUUGCACAGAUAUUCUGGAGAUGUAUAACAAAGUGAAAGCCGAAGACCUGAGUAGUGCAAAUGAAGAAGAGGUGACAGAAACGUAUGCUGAUUCAGAUGGUCCAGGAACCUCAUCUGGGAAAAGAACUGUUCAGAUAAAGCAGCAGAUAAAAAAGCAGCCUUCCAAGCCACGUGCUGAUGCCUGGAAAGAUAAGUGCAAACAGCUAUUAAGCCUCAUCUACGAACGUGAAGAUUCUGAGCCAUUCCGACAACCUGUUGAUCUCUUUUCUUACCCUGAUUAUCGUGAUAUAGUGGACACUCCAAUGGACUUCAGCACUGUGAAAGAAACUUUGGAAGUAGGAAAUUACAUGAACCCCCUUGAGUUCUACAAAGAUGUUCGUCUGAUAUUCUGCAACUCCAAAGCAUACACUCCUAAUAAGAAAUCAAGGAUCUACAGUAUGACACUCCGACUAUCUGCCUUAUUUGAAAAUCAUAUUAAAACUAUAAUUUCUGAAUACAAGUCAGCAGUGCAAUAUCAGAAGAGGCGAAAGCCACGGCUACGGUACCAGAAACAACUGCGGAGCAGCAGCAGUUCUUCCUCUAGCAGCAGGUCACCCAGCCCCAAAGGAAAACAAAAGCAACCGAUGCAGCCUAAAACAAACCUGAAUACCUCACUGCCUUCAACUAGGACUAAUUCUUCAGUUUCAUCUCAUGAUACUACUGAGGAACCAGCUGGCUCUGCUGUUGCUACUGAAGAGAUGGACACUCAUCCUUCUUCAUCUGGCUCGAACACCCAAAAUCAUAGUGGAAAUGAUGCUGAACCAGGGAAAAAUAGGCUAGUUAGAAAUAAAUCCACACCAGUUACACAAGAUCAGCCUUCUGAUAAGCCCCUGACAAAUGGUGAUGGGAGAGAGCCCCGAGCAACAGUCAAGCGGAAGCUCUCAAGUGCAUCAGAAGAGGAUGAACCCAUUGGUGAAAAGAAGAAGAGAGAAGAAAAAGAAAAGCCAGGUUUAUCCUCCUCAGAAAGUGGAGAUUCACGAUCAAGCUCAAGUUCUGAAAGCGGAUGUGGCUCUGAUUCUGACUCUGAAUCAAGCUCUAGAACAGAUCAGGACUACAUAGAUGGAGACCAUGAUUACAGCAAAUCUGUGCAAGUGAAACCGAAAAGAAAAAUCCGAAGGAACAUCUCCAGUGGGCAGAGAAAUUGGCAGGGUAGAGGGACAGGAAAGAGAGGGAGAUGGGGCCGAUGGGGUAGGUGGAGCAGAGGGGGGCGAGGCAGCCGGAGGGGAAGAGGCUGUGGCAGAGGAAGAAGAGGAGGCAGGGGAGGAAGAAGAGGGAGAGGGAGAGGAGCCUCCAGAGGAGCCUCCAGAGCCAAGCGCCCACGAAUUGCCGAUGAUGAAUUUGAGAAUCUUUUGGGGGGACGCUUCAGCGAGAACACAUUUGGUGGGCGGUUCAGCAGGCCACCUCGGAUUAAAACUAGGAAUGAGGGCAGGCGAACCGUUUUAUAUAAUGACGAUUCAGACAAUGACACUUUUGUGCACACUGAGGAUCCCCUGAACCUUGGUACUUCCAGGUCAGGCAGGGUGCGGAAAAUGACAGAAAAGGCCAGGGUCAGCCAUCUCAUGGGAUGGAAUUAUUGACAAAUGGGAAACUGGAAGUGAACAAUGGUGUUUGACGAUCUAAGGCCUUCUACUGCAGGGAUUUUUGCCAGAAAAUCUACAACGCAAAUUGUGUGGGGACUCUGCUCACAUUUUUCUGUGGUGCUUUUUCCAUUUUGCCCAUAUGUAUGUUCAAAGACUUCUGAUUGCCACAUGUUCUUGGCCAAAAGAAGCCUUGCCCAUUCAUUCUAUAUCUGCAGAAAUACUUUCCCACACUACACUUUGAGUUUGUCACAGGAGGACUGUGGCAAUGGAAUCAUGAUUUUGAUGUCUCCCCUUGUUUUUCUUUUUUUGGUUUUGUGUGUUUUGUGCAUUAUAGAAACAGCACCUUCUUACAGAGAUUUUGAAUUGUCUGCCAUGAAUUCCUUACAUUCAGUAAUAACUUUUGCACAAUUCACCGAUCUUAAAGGCAGCUAUAAAAUGUUUACAGUUUCUCUAUUGUGCAUAUAAUAUGAAUAAUUUCAAUCUUUCCAAGCCAAACUUUCAUGAAGUAUGUUCAUACUUUGGUAUCUCGGUAUGCUUUUCUUGUUGGUUCUUAAUUCAUGUUUUAAAAAUGAGAGGGAGAAAGGGGUGGGUGGGGCUUGGUGCCUUGUAAAUACGUAGCAAACGUUUGACAUGCAUUAACAGAUGCAUGCAUUAAUAAUAAUAUACAAUGAGAUACUUGAGAACUAUGAAUAGACACACAGGUGCCAAAUACAAAAGUUAACUUGCUUCUAUAUUCAUUCUGAUGCCCUCAUAUUGUUAUAGCAUUAAUUGAGACUGCCAAUAAGGUGUUAACAUCAGCAUUGAUAUUUUCUCUCCUUCGCAGCCACUGUUUUUCUAGUAGCUUAGCUGCCUCCAGACUUGCAAAUAAUAGAAACAUUACAGAGAGAAUUCAUUUCCUUUUCUUCAUUUAUGGGGUUGCUGUAGGUCGCGUGGCAUUAGCACAGUCCGUCAUUAAAUGACAAAAUAGCCAUUUGUCAGGUUUCAACCUGACAAUCAUACUCACGAUGCUUUACAUGUUUUAAUUUGAUUCCUGCAACUAUAACAUAACUUAUUUAUGCUUUAGUAACUUUGCCGACUUAGUAUGGACAACCUUCUGAAUCUUCCCAGGGUGGGGAAUCAUACACCCUUGAUUAAGAGAUUGCUAAUUGGCAAAGGAGUUCCAAGCCACUGAGCUCCUUCCCUCUCCCCCCCCCCCCCUGGGCGUCCCUAUUCACUUUGGUGGAAGGGCAUGAUAGACUCACUUUUUUUUGUGCAUGCUAAUCAGCUCCUUCUGUUGAAGUGGACACAGCCCCACAAAUGCAGAACAUCUGCGUGUGAAUUUUGGCAUGUAUGGAUUUCUCAUUGGGUGUGAUGCCAUCUGGUUUGAUACUGAGAAAUAAUUUGCACAGGGCUCUGCUUGUAACAGUGUUGAACAGUGCAUCAGUGUAAGGGAAAUUUAGGCUUGGGGAACCAUGUUUGUCCCACAUCACUGUAGCAAGUGAAUUUCAGAAAUGUGCUCCCCCCCCCUUGAAUAAGAGUUUCAUAUUUCUAUUUUGUGUAAUUCACCAUCUCAGAGAUAAAAUAGAAGGGUUGACAGAGCAUAUGAAAGAGAAACAGGAAGCCAAAUAAAAUAAUGAGUGAAAUUUCAUAACUUUAUUUCUAUCUAGCCUGCAAGCAAUUCUUUCGCUAGGCACACUUGGUCAGUAACAUUGCAGGAUCUCCACAGAAUUACUGUAUAAUUAUUUAUAUAUAACGUGUAAUAAAAUACAUAUAUACACAUGCAUACAAAAGUGGCUGUGGAUCAUCUAGCAUAAAAAAUAGAUUUUAAAAACAGUAAAAUGGGAAGGCAUUUGCCAAUUAGGGCAAAAAUAGAAGAAUUAUGUUAUUGAGUUAUGUGAUAUAGAAACCAAGCGUUUAUUUAUAUACACACAGGUUACAAAUCCAGGAGUCAGACACACAGUUGUCCUGAUUCAGAUCCUUUCUGCCCUUGAAAGCCUGGAAGUGUUCCUGGAGCAUCCUUUUCUCAAAACUGCUUUGAUCCUGUGUGUCUGCUCCCUUCAGUGAAAUUAGUGGGACAAUCCUUUAAUACAAGUUUGCUUCUGAGAGUGUGCAGGCUGUGCCUCAGUAUGUGCAAGUAUAGAAUCUUUUGGUUCAGUGUAGUAUUUCAGAUCUACGAGACAGGUGUGUGCUUAAAAGCAUACCUUCUGCUAUACUAUAUAGACCAGCUAUACUGUCACCAUGGUUGCUUGUAACCACAAUGGGGACAAAUAGUGUUAUUUUAAAGAACUGAAAUCCUGUCCCCAGAGAAGGUAUUCACUGGUUUACAAGUAUUUACUGUGGGGACUUAUGCCCUAAGGAGCGCUGUGUGCUUUGAAACAACCAUUACAAUUUGGGAGAAAUGCCUUCAGUGUUCUCUUUUAUUUAGGACUAAUUAUGUACUGUGAAGAUGAUAGCAAAGCAAGAAUACUUUUCUAGGAUGAAAAUAUUUUUAGGAUAUGUGUUCAUUACUGACAAGAAACUAGGUUACAAUGGUGCUGCAACAACAGAACAUCUAUUCUAAAGGAUAUGGAGGUUUCUUAUGCACGUGAGAAAUAACCUGGUGUUGUUUUAUUUAGUUUGGUGGUUGGGAUAGUUAUCAAGUGAGGAUUCCUUAUUGUACCCAUUUAUCUGUUGUUUGAGCAUAUCAGGUGAUGUGGGCCACCCUGAAACGCAAUUAAUUUGGACAGGGUUUACUUUCCAAAGUUAAAAUUGUAUAGGACUCUGUAGCAAUAUUGGCUUGGAAAUAACAAAAUUGGACCCAUUCCUCAGUAGACCACUCUCAGGACCUCUCUGAUUUGGACUGCCAAGGCUCUACUUCAUUCUACCCCAUUCUUAUCUUCCUUGCACCUUUUCCUGCUCCUUUCAGGUGCUGCUGGUUCCUUUGUACCAUUUGCCUUGUGGAUCCUCCACAUGUUCAAUUUCUGGACAUCAACCCACUAGGCUGUUGGCAGCCUCAGUGAGGAUCAGAUGCACGCAAUUGAAGGCAGCUCCUUGGAGAUGCGGAAGUUUGGGCUUCCCUUCAAUUUGUGUAACGCCACAAAAGAACUUUCACUGUAAAGGCUUGGGAUUUGAAAAAUCCAGAGAAUGCCAUACUAAAUCAGUAUAAUGGUCCAUCUACAAUUCUGUUUCAGGAUCAAAAUUGUAGAAAUUUAGUGAACAAACCACCAAAUCGCCCCUUCUUAAUUUUGUUUGUUUCUUACUGUGCAAGCCUUAGGAUCUUGUCCUGUGAACUCAUUAUGUGUCUUGGUAUUGCUCUCAGUUAUUCUAACUGGCAAUAACUGAAUAUCUUCAUUGUAUUUAUGCCAAAUUAUGCUCACCAAUGAACCUCCCAAAGGGACAGUAUUUAGAAAGGAAAUGGUGCUGGAUUCUACUGAAUAGCUGAGCAAAAUUGCUUUAAGGGAUUCUGCAAGGAGGCCAAAGCUGUAUUCUCUAAAUUGGCCAUUCAAAUUCAAAACUAGAUUAUGUUUCACUGCAGAAAACUUUGUUGCAGUGAAACACAAUUGUUCCAUUUUAUCUGAAUUGCCCAUCGUGCCUGGCUGUAGGCUGUUCAGUGUUUGCCUGAGGCUGCCUUCACAAUUUGCCACAUGCAUUUUGGAAGUGGUAUUCUAAACAGAACAGUAACCAAUGAUCUUUAGCAAUAACCAGUGUGGUAUAUGUGGAAAUGCAGGACACCUAUUUUCACAGAUUUCGGGUUCACCCUCCCUCCUUUAAGAUGAGGUAGAACUUUGGAUUUUUACAUAUGAUAUAUGAAACCUUUCUGUUCCAGUCAAGAGCAAUACUGAAAUGUUUAUCUGAAAUGCAUUUAAUGCUUUGCUGAACUUUUGAAGUUUGGGCAACAUCUUAAAUGGUCAUAUCAACUGAAUUUUAAGUCAAUUCUCUCUCUCUCUCUCUCUCUCUCUCUCUCUCUCUCUCUCUCUCUCUCUCUCUCAAACACUUCCAUCUACCAUCAAGAAGCAAAGGGUUUCUGAAGUUGGGUUUUUUUUUUUUGCAUUCUAUCAUAUCACAAAUUUUCUGGUUUCCAUUUGUUAAUAAUAGGAACAAAAGGUUCUAGCCUUCAAAGACCCACAAACCACCUUGACUUCUUGUUCAAAUAAACCUAUUCCUUCUCAUUGCACAUGUAAUCUUUAAAUUCUAAAAUAGCAAUACCCCCCUUCCCCGGAUCAAAGGCUAAGGUGUUAUUGCAUUUUGUGGAGGGAACUUAAUUCUCUACCAUAUGUUGCUUCUGUUGUUUGGCAGCCUUGGAAACCCUUGGUUGCAGAAUAUUUCUUAGCAUUAAGCCAAACCAUACAAAGCUGUUGGUCAUGGCUAAGGUUAAGCUGAGUAAUUUAUCUUCACCUAACACAGCUGAUCAUGUAUUGGCACAAAGCAGGAUAAACUAGAUUUAGUCUAAGAACAUUUCACCAACCUUAACUUACACACCAAAUGCAAGCAGUUCUCUGUAUUGCAAAGUUAGCGCAUACUGGUUUCAUAAUACAGUAUAUGCUACAAAAUAGAAUAACUUUUCUAUUUGUAACUACAAUUAAAUAUUUAUGGGCAGAAUGCACUGUUCAACACCUAAGGGUGCUCUAUUAGAAAUCUCUUGGGUGUUUUCAUUAUGUUCUUUAAAAUGAUGUAUUCUAAAUGGCUACAUUUACAAGGAAUCUCCCCCCCCCUUUAAUAUUACUCUAGAUGUUUACAUUUUUAAAAGAAUUUCACAAUGGUGAUUAUCAAUCUGCGUUUCUAGAAUUUUUUAAGACCCUUCAAACACAGAAUAACACUUUGACAUGUAUAGCUCAGUAUAUCAGAGGUUGGCCCACAUCAAAAUACAUGUGUUACAGAUCCCUGCAUGUUUAUCAGCCCUUGUGCAAGCCCAUUAAAAUGAACAGGAAGUGCUCAUAAGGUUUGCCUUGCACACCCUCUUUAUUUUAAAUGAACAAGCGUAGGAAAGUUCUCUGCUGGAUUGUGCUCUUAUUUUCCAGCAGAAUCGCUGUCACAGCCUUAACCUAUAGUAUUAUAUCAGAUGGUGCUUUAUGAAUACAUGUAUAUGCAUGGAUGUGGGUAUGUAAUUAGCAGACUUUGUUUUUAAACAAAAUGGGUACUUUAUAAUAAUCCUGCUGCAUACCCACCAUACCAUUUUGGCAUUCUCCACCCAAAUAUUUAAAGUAUACACUAAGAAUAGUAGGCCUCGGUCUUUAUAAGAUUGUACUUCAUGCCCUCCUUAUUUCCCCUCCCUCCUUCCCCAAGGCAAGAGAGUAGGAGUGCUUGAAAUGUGGCUGUCAGUAUUUGAUUAUAGUAUAUGUUUGUUCCUCCCCCCAAACGCACACACACACACACUUGUAGUCUUAAGCUUUGCCAGGCUGAUCGGCAAGCUCAUGCCAAGACUUCUUUUUCUUUUUUAACAAUUAAGUGGUAUUCAGAAAGCAUGUUUCCAUUUCCAAGGUAGAUAUGUGUGUGUGUGUGUGUGUGUGUGUGUGUGUGUGUUUCUGGCCUAUUUUGCCUUUUUGUUAAAACAUCACAGCAAAUUUUGUUGAGGAUUAUUAGUUUUAAAAACUGAGCUUCAGACACAUGGAAUCUUAGUGUCAUCUAAAAGCUCUUAAUGCCUGUAUAUUGUGUCCUUGACAGUGUGAAGUAUUUCACAGUUAACACCCCCCGCAGAGAAAAGGUGCACACAAAUUGGUUUAAACUAAUACUGUUUUGCUUUCAUCUUGUUUUCAGAGGGUGCUCUGUGUUCAUAUCUUUACAUCUGCUAUCUCAGGUCCCUUUAAAAUGAAAUGCUUCAGGGAUUUUUGAUGCCACUUGACGUUGGCAGACCAAAUGUAAUAUUUAUAUGCAACAAGCUAUUAGUUUUUUGUAUUGUAAAAAAAUGUAAAUUUGUAAAGAUUUUUUUUCUUAGGGUUUUUUUUGGGGGGAGCAGGGAGGGGAAAGGAAGUCACUUAAUGUAAUUUAGGAUGUUUCAUUUUUUCCAGCUGUGGGAUAUCUCAAUAAAAAACCCCACUCAUUCUAUGAUUUUUUUUUAUUAUUUUUUGGUGUUUUAUUGUAUAUACAGAAUAAAUGUAUUGAUGGGAAAUUAUAUCAAGUUCUUUAAAACAACAACCACCCUAAACUAGAAGCUUGCAACUGUUAGCCUAAUCAGCUGCUUUCAACCUCCUUGGUGAGCAAGAGAAGGAGGUUUGGAUAUAAUGGUGAAACAAUGCAAAGAGGAUGCACAAGUUCAAGAGGUGCUGCUGCUAGGUACUGCAUCUUGCAAAGUGUGAAUAGCUGUUCUCUUGUGGCUGUUUGAAGGUGUCACUUCCCCUGGACAGCAGGCUGCCUUUUGAGAAUGACCCUCUCCAGUAGAUCUCCCCUGCAUGCCCAGCUCAGCUCACUGUUUCUCUACAGUGCAGAAGGUCUCUCCUGCUGGCUACACGAUUGCAUAACCUUAGCCUCCCAUGCAAUGUGGAAAGUGCUAUAGCUGGAGAUCCAUCAGGGGAGCAACUGCUACACCUCCCUUCUGGGGAAAUCUCACUCUGCCCCAUGAGUGGGAGGCCCUGGCUGCUAGGCUAUUGAUACCCUCCAGAUGUGGACUAAAACUCUCAUCACCCUGUCUAGUGACCAUACUUGCUUGG